GUAUGACUAUGACACGCCCCAUCAAGCCACGCAUUAUUAGGCUCGUGGGCAUGAAGGACUACCGAGCGCAUUGAAGCUCGCCCAGCCAUGGCCGGCUGCCUCAUUGCGCGAAAUUUGUCCAUAGUCGCGACUUGAAAACAUAUGCUCGAUCCAUUUCUGACCACUUUCGUGUCAACCAUGGCCGACGCAUCAGAGCUAGCUAAUACGCUCUUUCCACCUCCUCCACCGUUCUACAAGGAGUUUACAGAUGCGAACCUUGCGAGGUAUGCAGAGUUGAGAGGGGAGCCUAGCGGGACUUCCAAAAACAGGGCUUCUUCACCAAUCUCAGCAGAUACGCCUGAACUAAGGGAUCUCGAAAGCAAGCUUGAGAGACCAAGAGCUGAUUGGAUAGUCGAAGAAGGUAGAUGGAUGUGUUUUGGACAGCAGUAUGAUGUCGAACCCAGAAUCCCAUCCCUCGAACAAAUAGGAUUAACGAGAUGGAUUGAUCCCAAUGAGCCCCCUCACACGUCCUUGCCUCCUCUGCUCCAUUCCUUCCUUCACACCUUCCUCCUAUUACUGGAUACCUUGACUAACACUGCGAGGAUACCGGGAGAGUUGGAGGAAAAGGGAUGGCAGCAUGAGGGUGAUCAGUACAUUCAGCACAUGUCAAAUUUAGCUGCGACCAUGAUGGUAGCGUCGAAUCAGCUGAGAGAUGUCCAAGUGAGAAAGACGUCCCGGUUGAACUAACAUGUUCAGGCCGAAGCGACGCUGGUCAUGUUGAUGGAGAAGCAGUUGUCGGUCAGGCAGCAACAGACAGAGGAGCUCAGAAGCAAGAGCAGAAGUAUCGCCGAGAUGCUGGCAAAGUUGCGCCAAAAUGCAGCUCAGGCUGCCGGAGACAUGAGUUCCGAUACUGGCGACAAAGACGUGCACAUGACGACGCCUAGCGUGGCAUGAGACCCGGAGUCAAUCUGACAUCGUGUGUAUAUCGUACGGAUCCAAAGGUCAUGCACAUGCCAAAAGUCGUCUAUUGAUACAACAUGAGAGCCCGAGUACAGAGAUGCCUCGCCUAGAUGUACUUCUAUCCAGAUUAGACCAACAGAAUAGAGUUGAUGCAGCCAUCGUUCUCUGAGAAUGGUGUCAGCUGAUGAUCAGACACUCAAACGACAGCU